GUAAAAGAGUACAAUAGUUUUGUCCACCGGCCCAUAUCAUCGUCUCCUCUCACUCUUCGAUAAUCACCUCCUUCAAACCUUCUCACUUCCCAAAAAAAUUCACCCAAAAGAUCUUAUAAUCUGAGAAGGAAUUUCCGAAUAAAGGAGUUAGAUUUGAUUGAGAAAAGCAUCAGCCAUGGCUGUUGAUUACUACAAAAUUCUUCAAGUUGAUAGAAGCGCUAAAGACGAUGAUCUCAAGAAAGCUUACCGUAAAUUAGCUAUGAAAUGGCACCCCGACAAAAACCCUAAUAAUAAGAAAGAUGCUGAAGCCAAAUUCAAGCAAAUCUCCGAAGCUUAUGAUGUUUUGAGCGACCCACAGAAGCGAGCAGUGUACGAUCAAUAUGGGGAGGAGGGGUUGAAAGGGAAUGUGCCACCGCCAGGAUCUGGUGGUUUUCCGGGUGGUUUUCCUGGUGGUUCUGAUGGGGGAAGUGGAUACACAUCGUUUCGGUUCAAUACUCGAAGCCCUGACGAUAUUUUCUCCGAGUUUUUCGGAUUUUCGAGCCCUUUUGGUAUGGGAGAUAUGGGAGGAUCUCGUGGUGGUGUUGGGGGUUCAUCUGCAUUUGGGAGAGGUGGUUUUGAAGAUAUAUUUUCUCAGUUUAAUCGAGGUGCUGGUGGUGUCGGUGAAGCCUCGAGCAUGCCCUCCAUGCCGCGAAAAGCGCCUCCUAUUGAGCGCACAUUGCAGUGUAGCUUAGAGGAUUUGUAUAAGGGCACUACCAAGAAGAUGAAGGUUUCGAAGGAUACUCCCGAUUAUUCAGGGAGGAUAUCGACGACAGAGGAGAUCCUUACCAUUGAGAUCAAACCGGGUUGGAAGAAGGGUACAAAAAUCACAUUUCCAGAGAAGGGAAACGAACAGCGGGGUGUUAUACCAUCAGAUCUUGUGUUCAUCGUUGAUGAGAAGCCUCACAGCGUGUUUAAGAGGGAUGGUAAUGAUCUUGUUAUCACUCAAAAAAUCUCCCUAGUUGAAUCGCUAACUGGUUUUAAUGCACAAGUAACAACACUUGAUGGACGUACUAUAACAGUACCCAUCAACUCUGUUAUUAGCCCUUCGUAUGAAGAGGUGGUUAAAGGAGAGGGGAUGCCUAUCCCCAAAGAACCUUCCAAAAGAGGUAACUUGAGAAUAAAAUUUAACAUCAAGUUUCCAACAAGGCUUACUUCUGAGCAGAAGACUGGUAUCAAGCGGUUGUUAUCUUCGUGAAUGGUGGUGGUCAUGGCUUAAACUUUGUGUAUGCCACUAUGCCUUAUUUCAUCUUGCUGUUUUGUUUUUGCAAAGAAACUGCACAUUCCCAAGUUAGACAGCUUUUGGAAUUCUUAAUUAUCGAUGGGAUUGUAUUUUCCCUCGUUCAGCCUCGUGACCAUUAUUCUUGUCAUAUAAGUAUAUCUCUGCAAUCCAUGUGUGUUUGGUUUUUCUAA